UAGGUUAGAUUAAGUUUAAAAUUUAAGCGGUUACGGUGGUUUCAACGGACAGACACACAAAGAUAAUAAUGAGGACGUUGGAAGAAUUUGAGAUACCAAAUGAUGGUGAAAUAAGUGUCUGUGAAAUAAAUGGUCGAAUGCAAUGUAUGAAUUUCGAAUACGCUCGUGUUAAUGCAUUUACAUCUGCGGUGGAAAAUUAUCCAGAAAUCCACAUUACAAGGGAUUUACUGCACCCCGUGUCAUCAGGGGAUGAAGGAAGGGCUUUAUUUUUACCUGUUGAUGUUCCAUUCCUUAAGCAGCUCACCCAGGUUUACUAUGAACAGGGUUGGGUAGAAGCUUUGAGAUUAGCCAGUUCAAGUCAUCAUAUGAUUGUUUCUAAAAGUUCUAAGUUGUUGUUAAAUGUUUUAAAAUAUGUAAGAAAAGUUCAAGUGAUCUUUAAUCCAAAUAUUCGUUACUCAAGCACUAGUUUAAUAGAUAACUUGUCACAAACCAAAAACUGGUGUAACAACACAAUUAGAUAUAUUGCUUGGCAUCCAUACUAUAACAAACUGGCUGUUGCCACAUGUGAUGACAGUGUUAGAGUUUACAGCAGUGAUACACAGUUCACUCCUUUGCUAAGAUGCAAGCAACAGAAAAAUGUCACCUGUGUUGCAUGGAGGCCAAUGUCUAGCAGUGAAAUUGCUGUAGCACAUGAAACUGGAAUUAUUGUAUGGAAUAUUGAUCCUAAUUCACUGGUGGCAAGGCCUUCAAUAAGUAAUGCUACAAUCUUACACAGAAUUGAACACAAAGCUGUGAUGAGCAUAGCUUGGUCACCUAAAGGUGAUUUAUUAAUAUCAGCAGCUGCCUGUGAUAAUACAAUAAUGGUAUGGGAUGUGGAACUAAACAGAACCAGUGCCUUGAAAAGGCCUGCAGGAAAUGGGAAUGUUUUAAUUAAAUGGUCACCAUCUGGUGAAAAAUUGUUCAGUUGUUCAAAUGGAGUUGUUUUCAGAGUAUGGGAUUGUCGAAAUUGGGAGUGUGAGAGAUGGACAGUUUUAGAUGGUAGAGUUCAAUCAGCUUGUUGGGCUGAGGGCGGUAAUAGUUUACUAUUUGCAACAAAUAAUGAGCCAAUAAUUUAUAAUGUAAUGGUAAAAUCAGACAUAGUAUUUACUUCGGAUAUAGAAUCGUCGUCCAAUAAGGCUCAACCAAUUUUCGACGUAACUAAAGUAGAUAUUGAUGGAGUUAUGGUUGGUGGUUUAAUACAGAGCAUGGAAACAGAUCCAAAAGGCAGGCACUUGGCUGUUGUUUAUCAAGAAACUAAUUGUGUUACUGUAUUUGGAAUUGUCAAACCUGGUGGAGUCCAACUUGUACCAAGUUCUUUGAUUAUUGGUUUACCAGAGGAAAAACCGAGCGUUAUAACUUUUCAACAAAAUUUUGAAUGUGGUGCUUGUCUAACAAUUGGAUGGUCCAGUGGGAGAAUUCAAUAUUAUCCAAUUAUAUAUACGGACCUUAAUCGUCAGGAACAAAAUCAAUCUAUAAACGCAUCAUUACUUUCUACAAUGAAUAGUUCUAUGUCAAGAUAUUUUUAAUUAAUUUUUAUACAAAUGAAAUAUAUUUUUAAAUAUUUA